CCGGUAGUUAUGACGGGACGCAUGCGUAUUUCACUGUUCAAUGUCACCGCGACCACUGAACAUGGCUGCGGUGGGUUUCAGAAAUUGGGCUCGAGCUCUUUCCAAUGGGAAACGGCCAGGCUUCUCGGCGCUUCUCUCCCAAGUCAGAGCAGGUUGGUUCAUUGAUCUUUUUUUCUUUUCUUUCUGCGAUAUCGUUGUACAAAUGCAAAAUGCCUGCAUCAAGUUGGAAUGGAAGUUAGAACAUGCAAGGCAGAGUUUCGCUAACCUUGACCUAGCCUAGCUUGCUAACAACAGAGCUGCAUCUCGUUCAGUUGUUUACUAACGUCAGUACAAGCUUUAUUCAGUAGUAUGUAGCUAGCUAUCUACGAUCAAAUAGGAGGCUAGAUGAUCCCAUAAACGUUUACCUAGCCAGCUAACGUUACUGUCUUUGGAUAACUUGUGCUAACUACGCUAGGUAGUUUUUUGGUUUGUUCAAUUCCUAACGUUACUCUCAAACGGCUAGUUAGCUAGCUGACAAUCACACUCUGGUUGAUCAUAGGGAUAAAUGGUACUGUAUUGACUAAUUUCCAAAUGUUGUAUAGCCUCUGGACCUUCCAAGGGCAUGCUGCCAGGUCCAUACCCCAAGACCCCCGAGGAGAGAGCAGCAGCAGCAAAGAAGUACAACAUGAGGGUGGAGGAUUAUGAACCAAUCCCCGAUAAUGGCGAGGGGUAAGGAAGCUGGGUACCAUGGAUAAGGAAGGACACGCCAUUGUUUUCCUUUCCUCUAUAACCACCCCAUUACAGCAGGAGCUGUGUUCCUUUGCCAAACAACUAGCAAAUUGAUUUGGUAAUUCAACCUGUGGGUUGAACUCACUGAAAUCCCUAUGGGAUGCACUAUAUAGGGUAUGAGAGACAAUAUUGGACAGCAAUAGGAGUUUUAACAUUUCCUGAUUUCUGCAUUACCUAAGGUUAUUCACCUAUGGACUGUUUUCCUGUUGUAUUGUGUUUCUGUAGGUAUGGAGACUAUCCAAAAUUGCCAGACAGAUCCCAGCAUGAGAGAGACCCCUGGUAUUCCUGGGACCACCCUGACCUGAGGAGGAACUGGGGAGAGCCGGUAAGAUGGGGGAGGAACUGGGGAGAGGUGGUAAGAUGGAGGAGGAACUGGGGAGAAGGUGGUAAGAUGGAGGUGGAACUGGGGAGAGGUGGUAAGAUGGAGGAGGAACUGGGGAGAGGUGGUAAGAUGGAGGAGGAACUGGGGAGAGGUGGUAAGAUGGGGUAUAUUUCUAUACACUGACUGACUAAUAGUGACGAUACAGUAUCCGCUCUCACAAUACUUACACUGAGCAAAAAUAUAAACGAAACAUGUAAAAUGUUGGUCCCAUGUUUCACGAGCUGAAAUAAAAGAUCACAGAAAUGUUCCAUAUGCACAAAAAGCUUAUUUUUCAAAUUUUGUUACACACAUUGGUUUAUAUCUGUCAGUGAGCAUUUCUCCUUUGCCAAGAUAAUCCAGCCACCUGACAUGUCAUAUCAAGAAGCUGAUUAAACAGCAUGAUCAUUACACAGGUGCACCUUGUGCUGUGGACAAUAAAAGGCCACUAAAAUGUGCAGUAUUGUCACACAACACAAUGCCACAGAUGUCUCAAGUUUUGAGGGAGCGUGCAAUUGGCUUGCUGACUGCAGGAAUGUCCACCAGAGCUGUUUGCCAGAUAAUUGAAUGUUGGCCAGCGACCCGGACAGCUGAUGAAAACUGGGGGUUUGCAUAACCAAAGAAUUUCUGCACAAGCUGUCAGAAAUCGUCUCAGGGAAGCUCAUCUGCGUGCUUGUCGUCCUCACCAGAGUCUUAACCUGACUGCAGUUCGGUGUCGUAACUGACUUCAGUGGGCAAAUGCUCACCUUCGAUGGCCACUGGCACACUGAAGAAGUGUGCUCUUCACGGGUGAAUAUCGGUUUUCAACUGUACCGGGCAGAUGGCGUCGUGUGGGCGAGCGGUUUGCUGAUGUCAACGUUGUGAACAGAGUGCCCCAUGGUGGGGGUAUGGGCAGGCAGGCAUAAGCUACGGACAAUGAACACAAUUGCAUUUUAUUGAUGGCCGUUUUGAAUGCACAGAGAUACCGUGAUGCGAUCCUGAGGCCCAUUGUCGUGCCAUUCAUCCGCCGCCAUCACCUCACGUUUCAGCACAGCCCAUGUCACAAGGAUCUGUACACAAUUUCUGGAAGCUGAAGAUGUCCCAAUUCUUCCAUGGCCUGCAUACUCACCAGACAUGACACCCAUUGAGCAUGUUUGGGAUGCACUGGAUCGACGUGUACAACAGCGUGUUCCAGUUCCUGCCAAUAUCCAGUAACUUCGCACAGCCAUUGAAGAGGAGUGGGACAACGUUCCACAGGCCACAAUCAACAGCCUGAUCAACUCUAUGCGAAGGGGCUGUGUCUGCUGCAUGAGGCAAAUGGUGGUCUCACCAGAUACUGACUGGUUGUCUGAUCCACGCCCCUACCUUUUUUUGUUAAAGGUAUCUGUGACCAACAGAUGCAUAUCUGUAUUCCCAGUCAUGUGAAAUCCAUAGAUUAUGGCCUAAUGAAUUUAUUUAAAUUGACAGAUUUCCUUAUGAACUGUAACUUAAUAAAAUAUUUUAUUGUUGCAUGUUGUUUAAUAUUUCUUUUUCAGUGUGUGUAUAUAUAUAUAUAUAUAUAUAUAUAAAUAAAUAAAAAAUCAUGCCUACAAGUAUCGUGACAACACGACUGACUAAGACUAUAUAUUAGGUCGGGACGAUACCAGUAUCCCAAAACUCGUUUAGUAUCGUGACAAGAAAACAAAACAUGAAGUGGAUUAAGUUCUUUUGGAAAACAGCCCUAAUGUUGUCAUCCAGAGUCACAUUUAUUUCCCAAGCUAUAGCACACAAUAUUUUACAUACAGCAGGUUUUUAAAGGACCAACGAGUUUGAGCUGCUUCGUGUACAUUUUUUGCCAUAAAAUAUUGCAAUACUGGUAUCGCCACAGCCCUACUAUAUAUUGUUCACAGUACACCACUUGAUUUCUGUAACUGUACAUUUAUGUACGUAAACAUUUUAAUGGCAUUACGUCAACGUGUGUAAGCUAUUAAUCAUCAUUUGCUCAUAGCGCAUGUAUUUCCCUGACUCAUUCACAGUGGUUUCUCACCUGUUGCAUUUUAUCUUUCUAGAUCCACUGGGAUUUUGACAUGUUCAUCAGGAAUCGAGUGGACACGUCGCCCAGCCCUGUUGACUGGCACACGAUGUGCAAACAUCUGUUUGGUUUCGUUGGAUUCAUGCUGCUGAUGUUCUACCUUGGGGAGAAGUUUCCAUCUUACCAGCCUGUGGUAAGUAUUGCAAUGAGAAAGCAUCACAGUCUUUGUCUCGGUUGUAAUCGCUGGUGUAACCCCUAAGGUGUCACAGACCAGAAGUUAAUAUAAAUAUAUGCUUUCCUGUUGUAUUGAAACCCUUUCCAUUUUGGUAUCUCAAGACCUUUUACUAUGACAUCUGGAAUUGAAAAGGACUUAUCCAAUAACAGCCUUUGGGUCUACCCCUCAUAUGUGUCCCGUGGACACAAAAAUUGGAUUUAAGUUGGAGCAACAGAUCUGAUCCUUUGAAUACAUUUUAAUGACGGGUGUACACUGAGUUGGAGAUGAUGCUACUGCUGUUAGUGUUUUUUCAUUGUUUCCUAGCCUUGCUACCAAUUCAAUAGAGAGAAGACAUGCAUUGGUAACUGAAGAACAAUUAUCAUAUUCCACUAUAUUUUCCUAUUUCAUUUCCUUAUUAUGAUGGCUCUCUGGUAUUUCUUGAAGGCCAUUGUGCACCUUUCUCACACACAUAGUCACCAAACACCUGUUAAAGAAAACCCCCCCCAAAAAAUCAAAUGUCCUCUUCCUGUAGGAAAGGUGAAUAGGGACAUCGUGUCUGAUGCCCCCUGUUAGGUAAUCCCUGUUCUCUAUUCCAGGCACCGAAACAAUACCCUUACAGCAGCCUGCACCUAGAGAGAGGAGGGGAUCCCGAGAAACAACCUGAAGAAGUCAAACAUUUUAACAUUUAAAUAUCUGCUUCUCUAAAUGUGUAUAUUUCUGUCUGUAAUAAAUAAUUAUUAGUGUGACUUCCUCAGUCACACUCCCAA